GUCAAUCUCUGUAUAUGAAUCAUUCUUUACUACCAGUGAGAGAGCAUAGUGUGGAGAUGCAGUCUCCAAGGAUACCUGGAAGGAAGCGAGGACGGCCCCCUCUUCAUUCCAAUCCUCUAAAGAUGGCUGUUCACAAUCUCUAUUCUGGGUCAGCAGGGGCCAUCCCAACUGUAAAAAUUCCAAAGAAGAGGGGCAGGAAGCCAGGUUUUAAGGUAUUGAGUAUUGCUUCUACUCACCUGUAG